GCCUUCUGGGUGUCCUCCACAAGCGAAACGCCAACGGGCAGCCCACCGGAUAGAGAGGCGGCCUACACGCCUCGUAAGCAAAGGAACACCUUUCCUUCAUCAAUCCUAAAAUACUAUUUCCGCAAGCCUCGAUUCAAGUUCCUCGCUCAAUCUCGGAGCUGGUGCGCACGCCCGCUGUCGCCGCACACGUAUGCGCGUAAGGGGAAGCCUCCUGUCGGGUGCUGCACCUACUAGACCCUCCGUGCACGACCAAUGCUCCCAAUCGCAUCAACGGGGUCCAAGGUGAUCCCCCGCCAUCAUGUUGGCGGCUAUUCGGAUGGGUACCCGCGGGGCAAGACCUUCGACAUCUCUCCUCACAGGUACCAACCCCGGAGCGCAAACUCGGUCCACCGCAAACGAACCCAGUCGUUCGUGCGCCUCGGCAUCGUAGCCGCGAUCCUCUUCCUCCUCAUGCUGUACACCUUAUCGCGCGGGUCGUCGUCGUCGUCUUCCUCGGGUGCCCUCUCCGUCCUGUCCCUGGGGCUCCUCUCCUCGGGCGACACCGACUUCGAGCUCGAGACGGUGCGCUACUACGACCUGUCCAACGUGCAGGGCACUGCGCGCGGCUGGGAGCGCGAGGAGCGCAUCCUGGUGUGCGUACCCCUCCGCGACGCCGAGGCCCACCUGCCCAUGUUCUUCUCGCACCUGCGCAACCUGACGUACCCGCACCACCUGAUGGACCUCGCCUUCCUCGUGUCGGACUCCAAGGACAACACGCUCGGGGUGCUGACCGAGAACCUGGAGAAGAUCCAGGCGUCCGAGGACGAGUCGAUGCACUUUGGGGAGAUCUCCAUCAUCGAGAAGGACUUUGGCCAGGUGGUGAAGCAGGACGUCGAGAGCCGUCACGGGUUUGCGGCGCAGGCGGGCAGGCGGAAGCUCAUGGCUCGGGCGAGGAACUGGCUGCUGAGCGCGGCGCUGCGGCCGUACCACUCGUGGGUGUACUGGCGCGAUGUGGACGUGGAGACGGCGCCGUUCACCAUCCUGGAGGAUUUGAUGCGGCAUAACAAGGACGUGAUUGUGCCCAAUGUCUGGCGCCCAUUGCCGGAAUGGCUCGGUGGAGAGCAGCCAUACGAUCUCAACUCCUGGCAGGAAUCGGAAACGGCUCUGGCGCUUGCCGAUACCCUUGAUGAAGAUGCCGUCAUCGUGGAGGGCUAUGCCGAAUACGCGACCUACCGGCCGCAUCUGGCGUACCUCCGUGACCCCUACGGCGAUCCUGACGUAGAAAUGGAGCUGGACGGUGUCGGCGGCGUGAGCAUCUUGGCCAAGGCCAAAGUAUUCCGCUACGGUGUGCAUUUCCCGGCGUUUAGCUUUGAGAAACACGCCGAGACGGAAGGAUUCGGCAAGAUGGCCCGGAAGCUGGGACUCUCAGUCAUUGGGUUGCCUCAUUACACUAUCUGGCACGCGUAUGAGCCCAGCGUGGAGGAUAUCAAGCACAUGGAGCUCGCUCAGGAACAAGCCGAGAAGGAGAAGGCAGAGAAGGCCAGGAAGAUGAAGGAGUCCUUUAGCGAUGCUACUGGGCAGUGGGAGAAGGACAAGGCAGAAUUGCAAAACAUGGCCACCCGAGAGAAGAAGAAGGAAGAAGCUGCUGCUGCUGCCGCCGACAACAAGGUCGACGCUGCCCCUGCAGUAGAGCAAGUGUCCAACGACAACGCGGGUGCGAAAGAGGGAGGUGGCAGGAUGAAAGAGAAGGUCGUCGUCGAGGUAGACGAGGAGCUUGGUGGUGGCAAGGCAGGAAAGGCAGGAAACGCAUGACAGCGGGCAUGCUGGCCGGUCUCUUUGGCUCGUCGCUUUUUCUCUCUGUUUUCCCUUCUUUCUUUGUUCAACGUACAAGGAGGCCGGGACACGGUCCUCCUGGUCAUGGUGUGGUGCAUUCGUUA